CCGCGCCGACGCCGCACAUCCGCCCGUAGCAGUCACAUGACCCGAGACAGCUGUCAAGAUGGCGGCGGACCUGCCUGCUGAAUUUGAUGUGGUCAUCCUAGGCACAGGUCUGCCGGAGUCCAUUGUAGCAGCUGCCUGCUCUAGAAUAGGACAGCGAGUCCUCCAUCUGGAUGCAAGGAAUUAUUACGGUGGGAACUGGGCCAGUUUCACAUUUUCGGGUUUACAGUCCUGGAUUGAUGAGCACAAGCAGAGGGAUGUCGCCAGUGAAGAGCCCGACGCCGGCAAGGAACAUGUUCUGGAAAAUGAAGGAAUCGUUCCUCUAAACCGAAGGGGCGGGACUGUCCGAAAUGUUGAAGUUUUCUCGUAUUCCAAAAGUAAAGACUCGGACGUUGUGGAGGAAGUCGGUGCGCUCAGUAUAAAGCCGCAACUCCUGAACACAGACCCUACAGAUAGUGACCAACCUCUGCAGGAUAGCCCCGCCCACGAGGAGUCUGUGCCCCAAGAGCUGCAGGAUCCAGAGUCUGGAAGCGCUGAACAUCGAGAAGUGACCUCUGGAAGCGACCAAACCCCCAGUGCCAACAUCGCGCCGCCAACCCCAGAGAGCGGCGACGCCCCGGACACAGAACCAAGCGCCGCCAAAGUGUGCCAAACGGAGCCCAAGAAAAGCGUUACCUACUCGGAUAUUGUGAGAGAAGGACGGAGGUUCAACAUUGAUCUGGUUUCAAAGUUCCUGUACUCCCGAGGACUGCUGAUCGAUCUCCUCAUCAAAUCCAACGUGAGCCGCUACACCGAGUUCAAGAACGUCACCCGAAUCCUCACCUAUCACAAGGGAAGGAUUGAACAGGUGCCGUGUUCCCGAGCCGACGUCUUCUCCAGCAAGCAGUUGUCUAUGAUAGAGAAGCGGACCCUGAUGAAGUUCCUGACCUUCUGUGCGGACUAUGAGCAGCAUAUCGAGGAAUAUCAAGAUCACAAGGAUUCCACCUUUGCGGAGUUCCUACAGGCGAAGCGGUUGACGCCCAGUUUGCAGCACUUCGUCCUCUGCGCCAUCGCAAUGGUUUCCAAAAACACCAACACUGUAGAUGGGCUGAAGGCGACGCAGCAUUUCUUGCAGUGCCUGGGCCGCUAUGGGAACACCCCCUUCUUGUUCCACUUGUACGGAUUGGGGGAGAUUCCGCAGUGUUUCUGCAGGAUGAGCGCGGUUUUUGGUGGGAUCUACUGCUUACAUCAUUCCCUCCAGUGCCUGGUCAUAGAUGAAGAGUCGAAGCGGUGUACGGCCGUCAUUGACAGCAGCGGGAAACGCAUCAGCUGUAACUAUGUCCUUGUAGAGGACGGCUACCUGACGGAGGAAACCUGCGCACAGGUACAGUACAGACAAAUCUCUCGCGCCGUUCUCAUCACUGACAGUUCUGUGCUAAGAUCGGAGUCUGACCAAGAGAUAUCUGUACUGACAGUUCCCUCAGAGGACGGACAUCAGAAUGCCGUGUACAUGACGGAGCUGUGCUCCUCCACCAACACAUGUAUAAAGAACACGUAUCUGGUCCACCUCUCAUGUUCCUCGAUGAAGGCCACAGCCAGAGAAGACCUGGAGCCGGUGAUACGGAAGUUAUUUGUACUAGAUGGGGAAGAAGAUCCUGAGAGUGUAGAGAGGCCGCGGGUCCUCUGGCUCCUGUACUUUAAUAUGAGAGACUCCUCCAUGGUAGAGCGUCAAUCUUACGUUGGGCUCCCCUCUAAUGUGUUUGUCUGCAGCGGGCCGGACCCGUGCUUCGGAUAUGACCACUCCGUCCAGCAGGCGGAGAACACUUUCACCGCGAUGUAUCCAUCAGAAGAGUUCUGCCCUCCGGCGCCCAACCCGGAAGAUAUCAUUUACGACGGCGAGGGAGCUCAGCCAGACGCCUCAGAAGCCGGAGCGGCGGAGGAAUCCAAAGAGGAGACGCCGAGUGAAAACGUAACCGAGGAACCGAAAACCGAAUGACUCCGACCAUCUCGCGGCUCCGAAGGCUUCUGAUCCUUCGCCUAUCCAACAAAGCCGAGCGUUUCGCCAGAUGUGUCGCCGCACAACGCCGUCUGUUUGUUUACCUGCAAUGUGUCUUUAAUUAUUCUGUGUAUAUGGCUGCAAUAAAUAUGUUUUCAUAUCGUUCAAUCCCGA